AUGUGAAGGUUUUGGCCAUUGGGUUUUAUUAGAAUAUGCUGACAGCCUGGGGUUAACAACAGGGAUAGACUAUAUGAACAGUGAUGACAAGCCUGGAUUCCAGGAAUAGAGCCUGCAGCAGGGCUGGCACUGAAGUCAUGCUGGGAAGCAUCACCACGUGUCCCCUGUGAUUUGACCUCCUGCAGUUUGCCCUUUGCUGUGGCGGGGUUAAAGCUGGUGCACAUGAAGCCGAGAAGCUGAGGUUCCCUGAUGGCCAAGUGGCCCCCAAGGGAAUGUGCAGACAUGCUUCAUAAAGACAGCUGCCUCCCUGUCUGAACAGAUACUGCCUGCUGCCCGUGCUACCUCUCCAAUGACUCCUUGUCCUUUACGGUGAAGACCUCUGGUGUCAGCGGCUCCCCUUCUAGCAGGAAUUGGGAAGAAAAGUGGAAAACUCCCAGGGCCUGUCCAGUACAUUAUGUCAACUGUCAAUGACACCAAAUUCCAAUUUGCAGUAUUCCUUCUGACGGGGCUACAUGGGCAGGAAGAUUUCCAUCUCUGGAUCUCUAUCCCCUUCUGCUUCAUGUAUGUUAUUUCGAUAUUAGGAAAUUCAGUCAUUCUGUUCAUUAUAAAAACAGAUCCAAGCCUCCAUGAGCCCAUGUACAUUUUCCUUUCCAUGUUGGCCAUCACAGAGCUUGGCAUAUCAAUAACUACUAUGCCAACGAUACUGGGCAUAUUCUUGUUUAAUUCUAGGGAGAUCAGCCUUGAUGCCUGUUUAGCCCAGCUCUUCUUCAUCCACUCACUUCAAUGCAUUGAAUCCUCUGUGCUCUUGUUGAUGGCCUUUGACCGCUUCAUCGCUAUCUGUAACCCACUGAGAUAUGCUUCCAUCUUAACCCUGCCAAGAAUACCUAAGAUGGGACUGGUGUGUGUGCUAAGAGGGGUGGCUAUAAUACUCCCACUGCCCUUGUUCCUGCAUCGUUUCCAAUACUGUCGAGCCAAUGUCCUCUCCCAUUCGUACUGCCUCUUCCAGGAGGUCAUGAAGAUGGCUUGUUCGGAUAUCAGUGUCAACAGCAUCUAUGGAUUAUUUACUAAACUCUUAACGUUGGGGUUGGACUCGCUGCUCAUCUUCCUUUCUUAUGUGAUGAUCCUCAAAACAGUGCUUAGCAUCGUGUCCCAGGCAGAGUGCCUCAGGGCCCUGAACACCUGCGUUUCCCACCUCUGCGCCGUCCUGCUCUUCUACACGCCAGAGAUCGGCCUGUCUGUGAUACAUAGAUUUGGGAAGAAAUCGUCUCCCUUACUUCAGAUUCUCCUGGGCUACAUCUCUCUGCUGGUCCCUCCCCUGAUUAACCCAAUCGUGUACAGCUUGAAAAGCAAACACCUUCGUGCGAGGAUAAUCAGGGUGUUCAUCAAGUUCCAACCCUGAUAUUCAUCAAUUCAUCAGUUGGCUUCAGCGGCGGUGACAUUGGAAACGAAAAACAUGUGUAACAGACACAUAUUACAUCCUGUAUAUCCUAGACAAUAUGAGCUACUAUUCUCUACUCUAUAGAGAGAGGUUCAGUUGUGGUAUAAGGCCUGGAAGAAGGGGAGAGGGGCUGAUGAAAGAGGACAGCACACUGGGGGAGGGAGACCAUAGAAGGCAGCAGCAUUUACAAAGUGACUGUGUUCGUGGAGAGCCAGGGCACAUAAAGAGACGUGUCGGUGGCUGCUCCACUCUCAGAAUUCCAGUCGAUACAGUCAAUAAAGAGAAGGGACGUGGAUGUUGUUUCAGUAGCUAUCAGUACCUACUGCCCAAUUUAUAAAUAGGAUAGCUGCUUUCAACUACCUGAAGGGGUAGUUGCAAAGAGGAUGGCACUCGCCUGUUCUCAGUGCUGGCAGAUGACAGAACAAGGAGCAA